AUGGGACAGUAUGUACGUCCUGAACUAGAGGCCUGUAAUGACAAUGCCACUUUAUACUCACAAGAUGCACCUCCUGAACCAGAGGCCCGUAAUGAGAAUGUCGCUUUAUACUCACAAGAUGUACGUCCUGAACUAGAGGCCUGUAAUGACAAUGCCACUUUAUACUCACAAGAUGCACCUCCUGAACCAGAGGCCCGUAAUGAGAAUGUCGCUUUAUACUCACAAGAUGUACGUCCUGAACCAGAGGCCUGUAAAGAGAAUGUCGAUUUAUACUCACAAGAUGUACGUCCUGAACUAGAGGCCUGUAAUGACAAUGCCACUUUAUACUCACAAGAUGCACCUCCUGAACCAGAGGCCCGUAAUGAGAAUGUCGCUUUAUACUCACAAGAUGUACGUCCUGAACCAGAGGCCCGUAAUGAGGAUGUCGCUUUAUACUCACAAGAUGUACGUCCUGAACCAGAGGCCCGUAAUGAGGAUGUCGCUUUAUACUCACAAGAUGUACGUCCUGAACCAGAGGCCCGUAAUGAGGAUGUCGCUUUAUACUCACAAGAUGUACGUCCUGAACCAGAGGCCAGUAAUGAGGAUGUCGUUUAUACUCACAAGAUGUCGCUUUAUACUCACAAGAUGUACGUACCAGAGGCCGGUAAUGAGGAUGUCGGUUUAUACUCACAAGAUGUACGUCCUGAACCAGAGGCCCGUAAUGAGAAUGUCGCUUUAUACUCACAAGAUGUACGUCCUGAACCAGAGGCCCGUAAUGAGAAUGUCGCUUUAUACUCACAAGAUGUACGUCCUGAACUCCUGUAA